CGCAGAUUCUCAGCCUGGGGGGGAUCAGACACAAAGAGGCUGCGGAAGACCAGGCCGGAGCUGCCAGCUUUCCCGGUGUGGGGGGGUCCCGGUUAGGGGUGUCGAUCUCUAAUGUCCCCGUGGUGGAGGUGCAAGAAUAAGUGAGAAGGUCUAACGAACGCACGCGCUGAAGGCCCGGGAUUCCUGCACAGCGCGUGCACGUCUGACAGGGGGAGGAGCCUGGCGAGAACGCGCACCCAGCAUGGAACGUCUGUCGGAGGCCUGUGGACCCUCUUAUUACACCUAUCAGGUGAGCCAGCACAGUUUAGAUCUUCUACAGAACCUCAAUCAGCAGCGUAAGAGUGGAAGCCGUUUUUGUGAUGUGGUCCUUCGGGUGGGAGAGGAUAGUUUUCCUGCCCACCGUGCUGUGCUAGCAGCCUGCAGUCAAUACUUUGAGUCAGUAUUGGGAGACUCAGAGGGGCCAAACCCACGAGAGCUAGAGAUGCAUACCAUUAGCUCCAAAGUUUUUGGGGACAUUUUAGACUUUGCAUAUACAUCCCGAAUUGUGAUUCGACUGGAAAGCUUCCCUGAACUUAUGACAGCUGCCAAGUUCCUUCUUAUGCGUUCUGUCAUUGACAUUUGCCAGGAGGUAAUUAAGCAGUCCAAUGUGCAAAUCCUGGUGCCUCAAUCACGCCCAGAUCUUAUGCUAUUCCGUCCUGGAGCCUCAGAUCUUGGCUUCCCAUUGGAUAUGACUAAUGGAGCUGUGAUGGGUACAGGCAUUGCUGGGUCACUGGGAGAAGAAGAAGAGGACUCAGUUCGUCCAGGGCCAGCGGUGCCAAGUCAGGCCUCGCUGCUGGCACUUGGAGGAACCCCACAUAUGCUAUCUCCCCAAUAUCAAGUUGGAAUACAUGGUUUAGGGGGAAGACGAGGUCGGGGGAGACCAAGGAAGCCCAGUGUCUUGGACUCUGUGCUCUUUGGUGCAAUGGGUGGGUUACGAGAAACUGGGGUGCUUCCUUGUGGGCUGUGUGAUAAAGUCUUCACUGACCCUUUACGAUUACGGCAGCAUGAGGCACAGCAUGGGGUCACAAGUCUCCAGCUUGGAUAUGGGGAAUUACAGACCUCCCGUCUGGGGGAGAAUGGACUGGGGCAGGAGGAAUCAGAUACUCCCAGGAAAAGGAACCGAGCAAGGAAGCAGGUUGCUUGUGAUAUAUGUGGAAAGAUCUUUAGGGACGUGUACCAUCUAAACCGCCACAAGCUGUCUCAUUCUGGAGAGAAGCCAUACUCAUGUCCUGUAUGUGGCCUUCGAUUCAAACGCAAAGACAGAAUGUCCUACCAUGUGCGCUCCCAUGAUGGCUCAGUAGGAAAGCCCUACAUAUGUCAAAGCUGUGGAAAGGGAUUCUCCAGGCCAGAUCAUCUGAACGGACACAUUAAGCAAGUUCACACGUCAGAACGACCUCAUAAGUGUGAGAAAACUGUAAAAGGAUUUUCCGGUGAAGUGCCGAGUGAGCAGCAGAGAGGAAGAGGACAGACAUGCAACGCAUCCUUCGCCACACGCGACCGGCUACGCUCACACUUAGCAUGCCAUGAAGACAAGGUGCCAUGCCAGGUGUGUGGGAAAUACCUGAGGGCGGCUUAUAUGGCAGACCACCUGAAGAAGCAUAGCGAAGGCCCCAGCAACUUCUGUUCAAUCUGUAACCGAGGUUUCUCCUCCGCCUCCUACUUAAAGGUCCAUGUAAAAACACAUCAUGGCGCCCUCCUCAGUGCGGGCUCUCUCCGGCCGGAGUCCGUCCCCAACGGGGCAGCUCUCUUCCACUGUGUCCGGACCUGUGGUGUGAAAGAAGGGGAGAAAUGUCCUCAUGGGGAACAGGAGAGCUCAGAUUCCUUCGGUGACCUAUCUGAUGGCAGUGACCUCAAAUCCCCAGAAAAGCAAAGCAGUAAUGGAACCUUCACACCAUGUGAUUUGGUGACUCCCAAGAAGAUUGAGUCAGAGCCGGAGAAACGCUUCCCCUGCACAGAAUGUGGCAGCUUUUUCCGCUCUAAGGCGUAUCUUAAUAAGCACAUCCAGAAAGUCCAUUCUCGACCACUAGGUGCCCCACUUGGGGACUUGGGCCCAGCGCUGGGCCCCGCACUUGGUCCUGCCCUUGGCCCUACAUUAGGACCUGCUUUGGGACCUUCACUAGGUCCUGCUCUAGGAGCUUCACUUGCUCCAGCCCUGGGGUCUGCUUUAACCUCUCCUUUCUCCCCUCAACAAAAUAUGUCUCUAUUAGAGUCAUUUGGAUUCCAAAUUGUGCAGUCUGCUUUUGCAUCUUCCCUUGUAGAGCCAGAGGUAGAUCAGCAGCAGGGUAUAGAAAAUGAAAGCAAAUGAAUAGAGGAUUUGGGGGCAUGUGAAGUGAGGAAAAUAUGGGAUUGCCGAGAGUCAGCUGGACAUACAAAUUGAACUGUUAGGAAAAUAAACAUAGUCGUUAUAAUGAACAGUACUUUUUUAAACUAAAGAGAAUGUGUCCUUGGUUAAGUAGCUCUCUAAGGGCUGGCCUCCUCACAAAAGGUUUUAACUGGGAAAAGGAGAUGUUUCCUUGAAUUAACUCACAGCUUCUAUAGACCUUUCCUCCAGGCAUUACAAAGUGGACUCUGUACAUAGUGCACUCUGACUAAUCUUUAAAUUGGAAAUCAGGAUUUAAAAAUGAGGUGUAUCUACAAGACUGUAAUUAAACCAGUUUUGUAGCAUAACCCAAUGAUGGACACACUUGAAUUUCACACAACUAACAAUUUUGUGUUGAACCUCAAGGAUUUCCUUUUUAUUUUUACAAAUGCAGAAUGAAAAUCUCCGGACAGGACAGUGUGAUAUAAAUUACAUAUUGUCUACCUUAUACUAUGUCUUUAAAACAUAUAGGGUUAAUGUGUUUUAGUGAUGGGCACACAGUGGGCUAUUUCUGUGAAUGUUUUGUACUCUGCUUGAUUUUUUGGCUGGACAGAAAAGCCACCAAUUGUAUUAAAAAGAUGGAACUCUUA